AUGGGCUUCUCCGGCACCUGUUUGACAAAUACCGAUUGGGCAUACCAGAUGGCCAAUUAUGUCCCAGGUGAUGGUGCCGGGUUCUUCAACACCUUCGUCAAAGUCUGGAUGGAUGUAACUCCUUUGAACGGCUUCAUUUUUUGCAUCGGGGAUCGUCCCGGCUCUUGGAUUGUCGGAAAUCAGUACGGCACGAGCUCACAGCUGUACGACUCCUACCAGGGUCACACAUACCUCCGCAACUUCUUCAUCUCUCCCACCGACAUGGAGGACUGGGGCACUCUGGGCUUUUACACCACCCUGUUCUGCCCAUCAGGCACCACAGCCGACCAGUACACCGAGCUCAGUGUCGCCUUCGCCUUCAACAAGUGUGGCACAGCCCAGGUGAACUUCCUGCUUUCCAUCAGCCCAGACACCUUCGAGUGCUUCGUUGAGAAGCUGUCGCCCGCUCUGAGCCGGGCGGUUGGGAUGGUGCCCGAGUUCACUUUCGGCAUCUCCGUGGACAGGAAGAUGUCCAACACCGUCACCUUGGCCCAUGGGGACGGUGACAGCAUCGAAGUGGCGGACAUCACCAUGGGGGCACAUCUGGGCCUCAGUGUCCUGGUGCGUCUCUCCGUGGGCCAGAUCUUGGGUUGUGGCGACACGCUCGGCGAUGUUCUGGCAGGCGACAUCCAGAUGCAGGCGGUUGUGGCCUACGACGGGGACCUCAGCGCCUACGACUAUGAAUGUAGUCACGAAGUUUCAAGAGUAAGCCUGUAA